UGUUUCUUUGACGCGUACAUGUCCGUCAGAGCUGCUGCCAGCUGAAACCAGACGUGUUGGUUCUGAUGGAGAAAAAUAGUAGAGCGAUUUGCGCCUACUGAGCGUAUAGCCUUUCCCUGACGUGCGCCGUUUUUCUUUGAGCUUUUUUGUUUGUAUGUGUGUAAAUUUGCAUGUGAGUAUGUGUAGCCAAGCGGCACGUCGCACAGUUUGCUACUGCGUGCUGUGUAUUCUCCGCCGAACUCCUUAACGGUGGCUUUGCCAUUCUCUCCAGAGCCGUGCUCGGUGGUAGAUACUGCUAUUGCUAGGACCUAGUUUACCGGACCGCUACUCACCAAUGGAGCGAGAGGACUUUUUUACGUAGUAACGAACACAGACAGGCGGACGCAUGCACGCACUCAACAGAAAACACGGCUAAAUUUACCCAAACCUGCCGUUGCUAAGCUGCAUCACGCGUUUCAGUACUCGUCUUUAAUUUAUUUCAUUCAUUUCUGUUAUAUCGAAUACUAUAUUUGAAAAGUGCUAAAUUGCGGGUUACUCUAUCUUUGAAGAAAUUAAAGCUAUAUUAGAUAUGACUAAAACCAUCGCAUCCUUUAUAGCGCAAGCAGAAAACCCAUAGGAAGAUUUGUGAAACACUAUAACUAAAACACUUAAAGCAUAAACUACAUAGUAACUGAUCGAAGCUUAAUAGAAAAAAUGAAAAAGAUGAUCAAAAAAACUUGCAAAUAAGAUUUUGGUUUUCCUUACAGUGGCAUUCAUCUGCACGCCUCUGGAUUUAAAUUCUCGCGCGUCAGUACACAGUCACCGUAGCCAUGAUGACUGGGUAGUAGGUAAAAGCAUUGCAAAAGUAAACAAAGAUCCGGCACGCGGUCGAAAAGCAGUCGGCAAAGCGCCAGCAAAACGAACGUAAAUAUUUUCGCUAUAAUGGAGGACUCGAGUUCGUGCUAGACUGGCUGUAUUCGAGAGGGUAAACGAAGGAAACCCAUGAAAAAUGCAGCCAGACUUGAAACGGUUACAAAUCCACCCCGGGCAGUUCGAUGACGCGGAAGAGGACGUUAGCUAUAAGACUCUGCGAGUGGUCAAUGUGUUCAAAGAUGAAUCCCUCCAGUUUCCUUUGAACAAAGCAGGAGAUAACUGGCAAGAAAACGAAAUUUUCUUUGACACAAGAGAACCAAAUGGCAUUCAAUACUGUGAUGACGACGAACUUGAUGAUGAAGACUACGACGAUGAAUACGAUGACGACUGGUUCGUUUCAGAAGACAAAGGAUUUCACCCAAAUCGACAAAGUGGAGCACGAGGCAACAAUGCAGUUCAACAGAAUGGGCAACAACAGGCGAAAUAUCAGGAUUUGCAGAAGGUUAUGGCUAACAAGUUUUCAUCGAAAGUGAGCCUUGAUUCUUUGUGCGUGCCAAGGCAGGCAAUGAAAGCUGUCACGGAACAACAGCGGCGAGCUGAACAAGAACGCAUACGGGUGAAAGACAAGAUGGAGCGAGCAACAGUGGAACAAGUGUUGGAUGCGCGGACACGUAUGAUCCUCUUCAAAAUGCUGAAUAGGUGUGUCUUCGAACAGAUCAACGGGUGUAUUUCGACUGGCAAGGAAGCCAAUGUCUACCACGCUUCAAAAGGAAAUGAGCAGCAGUUUGCUAUCAAAGUCUAUAAGACGUCAAUUCUUGUAUUUAAAGAUCGCGACCGUUACGUGACCGGCGAAUUUCGGUUUCGUGGAGGUUAUUGUUCAGGAAAUCCCCGGAAAAUGGUUCGACUCUGGGCCGAAAAAGAGAUGCGCAAUCUUACACGACUGGAGAAGGCCGGAAUACCAUGUCCGAAACCGCAUCUGUUACGCUCUCAUGUUCUCGUUAUGGAAUUUAUCGGCAAGGAUGGUUGGCCAGCACCUAAGCUGAAAGAUGUUCCACUAACAGAGGCAAAAGCGCGUGAGCUUUAUCGAUCCCUGGUUCUUGAUAUACGCCGGCUUUUUCACGAAUGUCGAUUGGUGCACGCUGAUCUGUCUGAAUAUAACCUACUUUAUCACGAAGGACGACUGGUGUUCAUUGACGUGUCGCAGAGUGUUGAACAUGAGCAUCCUAAUGCUCUCAUCUUCCUUCGAAAAGACUUGACAAAUGUGACAGAUUUCUUCAGUCGUUGCGCGGUCGCGACAAUGACAGUGCGCGAACUGUUCGACUUUGUUGUGGCGCCGGUUAUUGCUAAUGUCGAAGAUUAUUUGGAAAGGAUGGCUGAAAGGAGUGCGAGCCGCGGUGUAUUAGACCCUCGACAAAUCGUUGUGGAUGACGAGGUCUUCAAGAAUUCAUAUAUCCCACGAAGCCUUGAUCAGGUGCUAGAUUACGAGAAAGAUGUGAUAAAACUCCGACAGGGAGAGGAUUUGUUGUAUAAAACGUUAACUGGUCUUAAGGAAGUGGAAGAAUGUGCGAAGAGUAACCACAAAUUGUCCGGAGGUAAAGAAGAUAUAGUUGAUGAUGUCGAUGAAGGCUCCUCAUUUGUGGGUGACGAAAGCGACAGCGAAGAGGAUGAACGGACAAUUGGCGGACCCAGAGUAAGUUUGGGUCGGCCAAAGAAUGAAACGGUGGAAGAGAAGCGAGAACGAAAGAAAGCUGUCAAAGACGCUGCGCGAGAGAAGCGCAAAAACAAAGUUCCGAAAUACUUGAAAAAACGCCGAGAGAAGUCUGUUAAAGGUAAAAAGAAAUGAAUCUGUAUAUCUUAUAUACAGACACCAACAGCUGCUUCAACGUCAUCCGGUAAACUCUGUACAGUCACCAACUACCUUCAACGUUUGUUUACGGAACUCAAUUCUUGUUCUUUUAAUUUAAUAAACGAAUAAAUUUCUUUCA